GUGGAUUUCUACCGUAAAUUUGAUUAAAUAACUACUCACUGAAAGCUUACUAAAUUUGUAUUUUUUUCUCUCCAUCAAAUGCGUUAAUCUCGAGUAGUGGUAUUAUUAUACUCUCUCUCUCUGUAUGUAAGUAUAAUAUAUCUACAUAUGUAUUGACCAUAUAGAACUAUGAAUCUACAUCGUUUGAGAACUCGAACACAGAUCAAUAUCCAUUCACAUUGACUCUCUCCAAAGUCUCUCUCUCCAAAAUAUCUCUCUCUCUCUAGAUCUGUAUCAAGAUGGCGGAAACAGCAGUGGAGUCGCUGGUGGAAAUGGUGACGAAUAUAGUGAUACACUACGCAACUCUGAUCGUCGAAGCAAAAGAACAGCUCCUAGAGCUGCAGAAGGAUCUCGAACCCGUGAGGGCGUGCCUUAAGGAGGCCGCAGAGAUGCCGGACAAGGGCCCGCUCUUCAAAGUGAUAGAGAAGCGAAUGAGGGAGGCCAUUUACGAUGUCGAGGACGCCCUCGACACUUGUUUGAGCCGAGCCGAAGCAGAAGCAGAAGCCGCCGCCACGGCUCCCGCGGCGAAGCCCAAGAAGAAAUAUAAUUUUAUGAGCCGCGGGAAGAAGGCGGCAGCAGGCCUAGUAACUACUAUCAGCAUGGCGGAAACCGUCCAGAAACUCCGAGCGGAGCUGAAACCGAUCUACGAAGACGCAAAGAACGAACUACACAACCUGAAAACCACGCAAGCUGGAUCUGGCUCAUCUGCUAAAGAAUCGCUGGCCUUGGUGAAGAAGGAUGAGUCGAUCAGGCGAGACAAAGUUGUAGCUCUGGAAGAUGUGGAGAAGACCAUAUUUGGCUACAUCGCCGAAGAAACGAAGGCACUUGACUUUAUCUCCAUCAUCGGUAUGCCUGGCCUAGGCAAGACAACAUUGACUUGGAAGAUUUUCGAUAGCGAUACACUCAAAGGUUCUUACCGCAUUCGUAUAUGGGUUAAUGUUUCGCAAAAGUUCAACAAGAGGGACGUGCUUCUCAGCAUUCUAAAGGAGUUCACGGACCAGAACAUGUCCGGAAAGGAGAAUUUCGAUUUGGAGCAGGACGUUCGGAGGUGUCUUAAGGACAUAAAGUUCUUGAUUGUUUUGGAUGAUGUAUGGAAGGUCAAGGACUUGCUAACUAUCAGGAGUUUCUUGCCGACGAACAAUGGGGAGGGUAAAGUCAUAAUAACCAGCCGCUUUGAGGACGUUGGUACAGGUGUUGGUAGAAGAGAACCGUAUAAUUUACGAUUCCUAAAACCAAAAGAAAGUUGGGAACUACUUCAAUUGGAGGUAUUUGAGGAUGUCGGUGAAUGUCCGGAAGAGUUGGAAGACGUUGGUAAAGAAAUAGCCAAAAAUUGUGAUGGACUGCCUCUGACAAUAGUGGUGAUAGGAGGAAUUCUUCUGGCCAAAGACGCAAGAAAGCGGCCGAUGGGCGUGAGGAAAGAUGAAUGGACCGAGGUGUCUGAAGACGUGAUUCGUUUCUUGGCAACAGACAAGGAUAAGCGCAUAGUGGAAGUUGUGGCGUUGAGUUACGAUAUAUUGCCCGACGAGUUGAAAGAGUGUCUUGUCUACAUGGGGGUGUUUCCUGAAGAUUACGACAUCCCCGCUUGGAUAUUGAUUCGCUUGUGGAUUGCUGAAGGAUUUAUACUGCAAAAGGAAGGCCAGACUUUGGAGAAAACUGCGGAGGAGUAUUUGAAUGAUCUUGUCAACCGGAAGUUAGUGAUGGUCGGUAGAGCAAAUCAAAUGGGCGAAAACAAAAUAUGUGGUGUUCAUGAUGUCAUACAUGCAUUCUGCACUUCCAAAGCCAAAGAGAUGAAUUUUUUCCAAGAGAUCAAACCAUCGGAGAGAGGACUUGUUCCGCCGCAAAUUCCCGCUACGGAAAAGUACCAUCGUUUUUGCUUCAACUCCGAUCUAUCCGAAUUCCUCUCUAGAGAAACAGAGUACCCGAGCGUUCGUUCCUUUCUUUGUUUCUACAAAGAUCCCGUGAAAUUGGACAAAGAUCACAUCAAUGCUAUCCCCGAUACCUUCCAGUUGCUCCGGGUAUUGAAUUCCUACUCCAUCAAAUUCCAUCAAUUCCCUCAAACGAUAAGCAAACUAAGUCAUUUGAGGUACGUCACGCUAUACGUUGAUAAUCUCAAAGUCAUUCCCGAGUCCAUCUCCAAGCUAUGGAACCUACAAACUCUUCUAGUCGACACGGAUUCUCCUACGUUUACAAUGAGUGCAAAUUUAUGGGCAAUGCUUUGUCUGAGGCAUUUCAAGACAAAAGCGGCCGUUGUUCUGGACCAAGAAAAGGAAGGUAAGGGCGGUCAAAACAUUCAAACACUGAGCACAUUAUCGCCCGAGUCCUGCACGGAAACUGUAGCCAAAAAGGCGCGCAACAUGAAGGAACUGCGGGUUCGUGGGAAUUUAUCAACUCUUUUCGAUGGCAACAACAAUUUCUUGGAGAAACUGCGUUCCCUUGAAAAGUUGAAGCUGGUGCACGAAAAAUCGAUGAUUCGCCUUCCGAAAACCAACUGUUUCCCGAAAAAUCUAAAGAGGCUGAGUCUAAGGAAAACAUGCCUCGAUUGGAGUGAUAUGUCUAUACUAGCACAAAUCGAAAAGCUGCAGGUCCUCAAGUUGAAACAAAAUGCAUUCACCGGAAUAACAUGGGUAGUUAGUCGUACAUUUUGUAGUCUCCAAUUCUUGCUCGUUUCAGAAGCUGAUCUCGUUAAUUGGGAGACGACCGUCGAUCAUUUUCCUAGUCUGACGUGUCUCUCGAUCAAGAAAUGUGGAAAGCUGCAAAAGAUUCCACUUGAGCUGGCGAAGAAACUCCAGAGAUUGGAGAUAGACUCCCUUCAAAAAUCGGCUACCGAUUCGGCAAAGGAAAUUGAGAAAGAAAAAAAGAACCAUCAAGGAGAACAGAAAACGAGAUGGGGGGUCCAAUUCAAGCUCUCCGUUGGAUCUGUCUUAAACUAUUGAUAAAUUACCGUAUGAUCACCAGGUGAAUAAAAGUGGACGUGCAUUAUGUGUGUGGCGCCAGAUUCUUGUGGCUUUUUGCACAAUCCCUUUCAAUAACUGCUGGUCUUUG